UUCUGUUUUAUUCACACUGACUUUAUCUAGCGUUGACAAAGUCGUGUCUUGCAUUUGGAAGAUGUCUGCAGAGAAAGAGGGAGAUAUGUUGUGCUUUUUUAUCAACGGGAAAAAGGUAACAGAGAAGAAUGCUGACCCUGAGACCAUGCUGCUGUCCUUCCUCAGAGAGAAGCUGAGGUUAACGGGAACUAAGUCUGGCUGCGGGGGGGGAGGCUGCGGGGCGUGCACCGUCAUGGUGUCCCGCUACCAACCUGCCACCAAAACCAUCAUGCAUUUCUCAGCGAACGCCUGCCUGCUGCCGCUCUGCUCACUGCAGGGAGCCGCUGUCACCACCGUAGAGGGGGUCGGCAGCACCAAGAGCCGCAUCCACCCGGUGCAGGAGCGGAUAGCGAAGGCUCACGGCUCUCAGUGCGGUUUCUGCACCCCGGGGAUGGUGAUGUCGAUGUACACCCUGCUGAGGAACAAACCUCAGCCCAGCAUGGAGGACAUCACACAGCACCUCGCCGGAAAUCUGUGUCGCUGUACUGGAUAUCGGCCCAUUAUCGACGGCUGCAGGACUUUCUGUCAGGAAGAAAACUGCUGUCAAGCUAAUGGAGCUAGAGACUGUUGCCUCAAUGGAGACACAAAUGAUGAUGAAGCAGAGCAUGAAAAGCCACGGUUGUUCAACAAGGAUGAGUUUCUUCCUCUGGACCCGACCCAGGAGCUUAUCUUCCCUCCUGAACUGAUCCUGAUGUCAGAGAGCGCGAGCCCACUGAGCCUCACCUUCCAGGGGGAGAGGAUGCGCUGGGUGUCCCCCUCCUCCCUGCAGGAGCUGCUGCAGCUGAAGACCAGAAACCCUGCAGCUCCUCUGGUGAUGGGGAACACAAACAUAGGUCCAGAUAUAAAGUUUAAAGGCACCGUGCAUCCGCUGAUAAUCUCUCCAACCAGAGUGAUGGAGCUGUUUGAGGUCACUCAGACUCCACAAGGUGUUUGGGUGGGGGCGGGCUGCAGUCUCUCUGAGCUUCAGUCUCUCCUGGAGAAGCUGCUGCUUCAGAGUCCGCAGGAGAAAACUGAGCUGUUCAGAGCUCUGAUCCAACAGCUGGGGAACCUGGGAAGCCAGCAGAUCCGUAACGUUGCUUCUCUUGGAGGCAACAUCAUGAGCGCGUUCCCAAACUCAGACCUGAACCCUGUUUUAGCUGCUGGGAGCUGCAGAGUGAGCGUCAUUUCUAACGGAGGAAGACGAGAGGUUCCUCUGGAUCAAAACUUCUUCGUGAGCUUCGGUAAAACCAUCCUGAAGCCAGAAGAGAUUGUGCUUUCUGUCUUUAUUCCCUUCUCCAGGAAGGGGGAGUUUGUCCGAGCUUUCCGUCAUGCUCCGAGGAAGGAGAGCAGCUUCUCCACGGUGACCACCGGGAUGAGGGUGUUCUUCUCUGAGGGGUCCCGGGUGGUGCAGGACGUCAGUAUUUACUACGGUGGGAUGGGACCCACCACUGUUAGCGCCUCCAAAACCUGCCAGGCUAUCAUCUCAAGGCGUUGGGACGAGGAGACCCUGAGCCGGGCGUAUGACGUCCUCCUGGAGGAGUUGGUGCUCCCUCCUUCGGCUCCUGGAGGAAAAGUGGAGUUCCGUCGCUCUCUGACUCUCAGCUUCCUCUUCAAGUUCAACCUGGAGGUCCUGCAGAGACUCAGAGACAUGAAUGUGAUUACAGAUGAGGUUCCUGAGAAAAUGCAGCCUCUCCCCAAAGAGAUCCAACCCAGCCUGCAGGAGUUCCAGCAUGUGUCAAAGAGCCAGAGCGAGCAGGACCCUGUGGGGCGUCCCAUGAUGCAUCGCUCCGCCCUCAGCCAGGCCACAGGAGAGGCGGUUUACUGCGACGACAUCCCGACGACAGACGGGGAGCUGUUCCUCGCUCUGGUCACCAGCUCUCGAGCCAAGGCUCGAAUCACAGGGCUGGAUGUGAGCGAGGCUCUGCAGCUUCCUGGUGUUGUGGAUGUCAUCACAGUCAAAGACAUUCCUGGGAAGAAAGUCCGUGAAAUGUGCGGGUAUGAAGAGGAGCUGCUUGCUGAGAGCGAGGUGUCGUGCGUGGGGCAGAUGUUGUGUGCGGUAGUCGCUGAUACGAGGGCUCACGCCAGAAGAGCAGCAGCGGCGGUGAAGGUCGGGUACGAAGACCUGCCGGAGCCCAUCUUCACCACAGAGGAAGCCAUUGAGAAGUCGUCUUUCUACGAGCCUCUGAGGAGCAUCGAGAGAGGAAAUGUGACCGAAGCGUUUAAAACUGUCGAUCAGAUUCAUGAAGGAGAGUUUAGGAUGGGAGGUCAGGAGCAUUUCUACAUGGAGACGCAAAGCAUGCUGGUAGUUCCCGUUGGAGAGGAGACUGAGUUCAACGUUUACGUCUCCAGUCAGCAUCUGUCAUUUACUCAGGACGCUAUAGCAGAGACGUUGGGCAUCCCGUCCAACAGAGUCACAUGUCACGUCAAACGGAUCGGAGGAGCUUUCGGAGGGAAGGUCUUCAAAACCGCGAUCCUGGCUUGUAUUACGUCUGUGGCUGCGUGGAAGACUAAUCGAGCAGUGCGCUGUGUUUUGGAGCGAGGAGAGGACAUGUUGAUCACAGGAGGCCGCCACCCUGUCCUCGCCAAAUACAAAGUGGGUUUCAUGCAAGAUGGGAGGAUCGUGGCGGUAGAUAUCCAGUACUUCAUCAACGCUGGAAACGCAGUGGAUGAAUCUAUCCUUGUAGUCGAGAAGAUUCUGCUCCACUUUGACAACGCCUACAACAUCCCCAACCUGUGGGGCCGUGCCGCCGCCUGCAGGACCAACCUGCCCUCCAACACCGCCUUCAGGGGCUUCGGCGUGCCACAGGCCCUCAUGGUCAUGGAGAACAUGAUCAACGACGUGGCCAUGGCGCUGGGACGCCCUGCAGACCAGAUCAGGGAGAUGAACAUGUACGAGGGUCCGUCCAUCACUCACUACAAGUUUGCGUUCAGCCCGGAGAACCUGCGGCGCUGCUGGCAGGAGUGUAAGGAGAAGUGUGAGUUCAGCGCCCGCCGCAGCGCCGUGCAGGAGUUCAACCUGCAGCACCGCUGGAGGAAGAGAGGCAUGGCCAUCGUCCCCGUUAAGUUCGGGGUUGCAUUUUCAGAAAGCUUCCUAAACCAGGCUGCAGCUUUGGUGCACAUCUAUAAAGACGGCUCUGUUCUGGUCUCUCACGGGGGGACGGAGAUGGGUCAGGGGCUGCACACUAAGAUGCAACAGGUACAGGAAGUUCUUCAGUGUCCGGUUCUGUUCCCUUUUUCCUGUCAGGUUGCGAGUCGGGAGCUCCACAUCCCCGCUUCUAAGAUCUACAUCAGUGAGACCAGCACCAACACCGUCCCCAACACCACCCCGUCAGCUGCGUCCUACGGCACAGACGCCAACGGCAUGGCAGUGAAGGAUGCCUGCCAGAUUCUGUACCAGCGCCUGGAGCCAAUCAGGAAGAAGAACCCCAAAGGAUCAUGGGAGAGCUGGGUCAUGGCAGCAUUUAUGGAUAAAAUCAGUUUAUCAGUUACUGGAUUCUACAGAGGACCGGACCUGUACAUGGACUGGGAGAAGAUGGAGGGGCAGCCGUACGCUUACUUCACCUUCGGAGUGUGUUGCUGUGAGGUGGAGCUGGACUGCCUCACAGGAGACUACAGGACGGUAAGGACAGACAUUGUGGCGGACAUCGGGAAGAGUGUGAACCCGUCAAUGGACAUCGGCCAAAUUGAAGGAGCCUUCAUGCAGGGUCUGGGUCUGUUCACUCUGGAGGAGUUGAAGUUCUCCCCCGCCGGGCUCCUGUACACUCGCGGUCCGUCUCAGUAUAAGAUCCCGGCGGUGUGCGACAUGCCGCUUCACUUCAACGUCUACUUGCUGUCGAACUCCGACAACCCCCACGCCAUCUACUCCUCAAAGGGUAUUGGAGAGCCUGUCCUCUUCCUGGGCAGCACUGCGUUCUUCGCCAUCAAAGACGCCGUGUCUGCAGCUCGCUCUGACUCCGGGUUAUUUGGCCCGUUUUCUCUAAACAGCCCUGCGAUUCCGGAGAGGAUCUGCCUCGCCUGCGCCUCCCCGUUGACUCAGAAGAUUCCAGCCAGCAAACCAGGAUCUUUCACACCAUGGGCCUUAAACAUCUAAAACUCAACCUGUCAAUCUUUGUAUGUGAAUACUAAAGCAGUGCAUGAACGCAACAAACAAUAAUGAAGUAAUACAGUUAUACUCAAUGAUCUAUAAACCUUCUCUGUUCUUUUGAACCAACCAAUGAAACGUUUCUAAUUUUUAUUGUUACAUUUUUUUAUUGCAAUUUAAUUGUUUGCCCUUGCUCUCAUCCUCCAGUAUCACUAUUUCAAUAGAAGAAUACAUAAUUAAGCACAAUAUUAAAAUCAACAUAUUAUC